AUGCAAAGAGUUCAAAGCAGCACAAGUUCAAGAGGCCCUAGAGAAAGAAGCAAACAGGUGGCUUUGCAGCAGCAGGAGCAGCAGCAGCAGCAGCAGCAGCAGAGGCAGCAAAGGCAGCAACAGAAGCAACAGCAGAAGCACCUGGAACAGCAACGGCAGAAGCGGCAGCAAAAGCAACAGCAGCAGCAGCAGAAGCGGAAUCAGGCGCAGCAAAAGCAGCAGCAGAAGCAGCAAGAGCAGCAGCAGAAGUAG